UGCGCAGAUUCUUUACGCUGCAAGAUUUCAAAUUCACCCCCAAGUAGGCAUCAGAUUCCUUUACCAAUUUACUGUUAACAGACUGCAUCUAGUGAUUCCCCGGGAGCACCAUUUGUUUUUAGACAUCAUCCUCGUCUCACAAGGAUUUAUAAAAGAUGGUGAUCAAAGUUUACAUAGCAUCGUCAUCUGGAUCGACCUCGAUCAAGAAACAGCAGCAAGAUGUCAUGGGCUUCCUGUCAGCCAAUAAGAUUGAGUUUGAAGAGUGUGACAUUGCGGCCAACGAAGAGAACAGGAAAUGGAUGAGGGAGAACGUUCCAGAGUCUUCCCGGCCUGCGACGGGGAACCCCCUCCCCCCUCAGAUCUUUAACGAGGAGCAGUACUGUGGGAACUAUCAGGACUUCUUUGAUGCCAGAGAGGAUAACGCUGUGUAUGCAUUUCUAGGUUUGACUGCCCCUCCUGGUUCAAAGGAGGCGGAGGCACUAGCCAAAAAAGAGCAGCAGUAGUCUCUGGUGCUGCAUCGAGAGUCCAGUGCUUUCCGGGCCUUUCCACGUAACCAUGACACGUCUCUUUAGUCAACAUUCCUCUCUGACAAAUCUGACUAUUCAGUCAGAUGGGUACUAAUGGCCUUCAUGAUUGCCUGUCCUUAAGACAAUAUGAAGAACAAACUUUGGUGUAUAAUUUGUGCAUACCUGUUAACAGGAAUACGUAGCAUGGAAUGUCUAGACCUGUUAAGGACAGCAUUGUUUGUAAUUCGAGGACAGAUCACACUCUCUUUUGCUGCAUGUCUAAGCACAAAGCCUGCCAUGUACCACUCCUUAACGUUUGUUUAUGAAGUAUCUCUCUCUCAUUUACUGUCUAUAAGGUGCCAGCUGUAAUGUCCUGUUCAGUGCCUAUUAUAACAUUAUACACACAGUGUGACUAAUGCUAUUCUCCUGAGGACUCUUGUCCUGUCCCCCAAUCCCAAGUUUAGUCAUUAGAGCAGUAAUGGCCAUGUAUCCUCGUUAAGGGCUAUUCAUUAUAAUGACACACUAUGUGGCCUAUAUGAACAUCAGCCAUCAGCUCACACAGGGCUGGACAUAGUAGUCUGAAAUGUGGCAUUUUUUACUUUGACAUACGUUUUUGACUUUUACGCUUUCAUUGUCCCCUGUUUUUGUGUUUUGUAUUAGUGC